AUGGCUGACCAACAGCCACCUAUGCUUCACGUGUCCGAUGCCACGUUGCAUGCGAGCCGCCAGCGAGCGUUCCUUGGGACGUUUCGCAUACGGCUAGACAAUAUCCAGCUUCCCGAAUUGUCCCGCCAAGACGGGAUUCACGUCAAGCAGUUGCAAGCCGUCCUCCGGACGGAAGAGUGCUUGCGACUCGAUCCUGUCAACUUUAUUGAGGCCACCAUUCCUCGUACAACUUGGAGCUUCGCAAGAGUGCCGGCGCAACAACAUGUCCAUACUCCCCUUUCAAUUCCAGAACUGACUCUGGCAUUGCAUGAAAGCGUGUCCUGUGUCAGAGGAAAAUGCCGAAUCGCAGCCGCAAAGCAAAUCUUGGAGGCGGCAGAUCGAUGGUGGACAGUCAACCUGUACCGUGUUGGUAGGACCCCUCCUCCGCACAAGAUCGUUGGUCCCCCACCGCUUACUGUGUGCAUAGAAGAAGCAAGCUCUAUCAUCGAGCAUUGGCGAUGCUGGUACUCGCACGAACAAAAUCCCUCGCGGGGUUUAACGUAUCUGCGGGCGCGGUCGUACUGCCGGGACCAUGACAAGGACAAAGAGUCCCGAGCUCUAAAGAAUCUGACACCUCACAUGGAGAGAGUGACCAAACGAUUGUGGAAGCAUCAUGCUCAGCUGGCUACCGGAUUUGAUCAGUGCGCGAGCUGGCACAGACUGUGGCGUACGGUCAAUCUUGGCGUCUUGCACAAGAUUAUAGCGUCCAAAUGUGACGAGGAGCAUGUGAGGUACCUCGAUGCGGUAGCUGCCUUUUGGCGCACUGUGAGCGCAGAUGGUCGCAUUGACGUGGAUGAAGCCGUCAUACAAGCCCUGGAGGGGCGAUGCCCCUACUUCUCCGAAAACGAUCGGCGCCACUUGCAAGCACUGCGAGAGGCCAACCAUUUUGGUGCUCUCAUGACUGAUGAAGACAAGGCUCACGUUGUAUUCCACGCCACACAGUAUCCAAUGACGAUUCCAUCGUUACUCACCUUUUUUGAGGACCACAAGUAUAUUGCUAUAUGCAGCAAGGCCCUCCGACGUCUGCUGGGCGAGAAUAAGCUGGCCAGAGGAGUGACUGUCCGCACGUACUUUGCGGAGAUAUACGACUUCCGCGACAUGAUCACGGUCCAGACAGGCGCCACAUCGUUCAUUUCCCUGCCGUGGAAUGUUGGAGACGAUGCCUUCAGCUGGGCGUAUUCGCAGCUGUGGCUGUGCUCCAUGAGACUGUGGCCCUUCAUUCUAGAAGAGAAGCCUCGUAAGGCAGACAAAGGUAUUCCGAGUCCGUUUCAUGGCGUCGAUCCUGGCCCACCGCUGGCAGAGUUGGCACGAACUGCGCAAGGUUUGGGAUUUUGCUCCGCCACAAUUGACGCCAUGGUGAGCUCUGGCCCAGUAGGUCAUUUUGAGCAUCAGGUACAAGGUGGCUCCAUCGAACAGGCCGAAAAUAAGGAACUCCGAUUCGCAGAGCGUUGUGGAAUACCAUUUGACGUCGCUGUCAGCGCACGCGCCAACGACUUGUUCAUCACCAAGCUGCUUGACCCAGAGCUGGUUCCUAGUGCUGAAGUAUCGCAGCUCUUUGUCACGAGGGUUUUCUUCCAGCGACUAUUUCCAGAGAGCGAGAGAAUCAACACGGCGAUUUUGAAUACUCAUCCUCGACUCAGAGAAUGA